AAAGCAGGUGCCCUGCAUUAAUGAUCUUCCCACUAGCUCACCCACAGGAUAAGUACUGCGACCUCUAGUGGCGGCAACUGGCAAGAGAAGCGAGACAAAAACUUGCCAAUUGCAGCAUGGAGAUUGCCCCAGCGCAGAACUCUAGGCGGUUGAUACCUAUCCCGGGACAGAGAUGGGCUGGGACUCUGCAAAUACAAAGGAACUAGGGGUUGGGCACCUGCAAUGGACACUUCUUGGUAAUGAAUAAAAUCAUGCGUUAAUUAGCGCUGUCUAUACACACUGAGAACAGGACAAUGAGGUGUCCACAAGCACACAGUGUAACGGCAGAAUAGUGGCUUCCUGCAGCUGCCUGUGCGCAUGUAGAUCCCACCCAUCUCCGGGGGUCUCCGUGCUGCUGGCAGACUGCUGCUCGCCUUUCCUCGCACUUUAGAGCUGGGAGCCGAUAACGGACAGGUCCAGCCCACAGGAAAGAGCCUUUUGGUGCAAUGCGAAUCCACUGAGCAAGAGCUGCCAAACAGUUCCGCCUGAGAGCCCUCCGCACACACCAACUGUGCUAUUCCCACAAGCUGCACCUCCAUUCAACCUGCCCCGACGCUGGCACCUAUCUCUCACACACAGCAGCAGCAGCAGCAGCCCGGGGAGCCCAGUCCGUCACUAACAGCACCACCCCCUGCUUGUCUCUGAUCAUACAUCCAUUGUGGGGUGGGGGGGAGGAGGAGGCUGCACACUGUGACAGGGCAUAAACCUCCUGCUCAUCCUCACACUGGGCUCCCUGCACAGCACCCAGCAGCAGCUUCAGCAGCGCUAUCCCCAGCGGGCGUGUGGGCACAGGCACCAGUGGGCAGAGGGAAGGAGGAGACCCCGGCAUUCAUGCGUGUUACACCGUGUAGCUAAGUGUACACUUCUGUUGCAGCUAUUCUGGGGCUGGGUGAAGCAGGAAGUCUAACAAGGGGCACCCACCCAACCAGGCUCCUGCACUGGGUGCUAUAGCGAAAGGCUGCUGUUACUUUUUGGCCAUGGCACGGGAAAACGGGGAGAACAGCGGCACUUCUUGGAAGAAACAGGUGGAGGACGUCAAGAGGAUAUUUCAGUUCAAGGAGGUCCUGGGCACGGGCGCAUUUUCUGAAGUAGUUUUAGCUGAAGAGAAGGCAACCGGUAAACUUUUUGCUGUGAAGUGCAUUCCAAAGAAAGCUCUAAAAGGGAAGGAAAGCAGCAUAGAGAAUGAAAUUGCUGUUCUAAGGAAGAUCAAACAUGAGAAUAUCGUUGCCUUGGAAGAUAUUUAUGAGAGUCCGAGUCAUUUGUAUUUGGUCAUGCAGCUGGUGUCUGGAGGAGAGCUGUUUGAUAGAAUAGUGGAGAAAGGAUUUUAUACAGAGAAAGAUGCCAGCACCCUUAUCCGACAGGUUCUAGAUGCUGUUUCCUACCUUCACAGACUCGGCAUUGUGCACAGAGAUCUUAAGCCUGAAAACCUACUAUAUUUCAGCCAGGUAGAAGAGUCAAAGAUUAUGAUUAGUGAUUUUGGUCUUUCUAAAAUGGAAGGAAAAGGAGAUGUGAUGUCUACAGCCUGUGGAACUCCUGGCUAUGUUGCUCCAGAAGUGUUGGCCCAGAAACCCUACAGCAAAGCAGUAGACUGCUGGUCUAUUGGUGUUAUUGCAUAUAUUCUGCUCUGCGGUUACCCUCCAUUCUAUGAUGAAAAUGACUCAAAAUUAUUCGAGCAAAUUCUAAAGGCUGAUUACGAGUUUGAUUCUCCGUAUUGGGAUGAUAUUUCAGAAUCCGCUAAAGAUUUUAUUCAGCAUUUGAUGGAAAAGGAUUCCAACAAGAGAUACACAUGUGAACAGGCUCUGCGGCAUCCCUGGAUUGCUGGAGAUACAGCUCUUUGUAAAAAUAUCCAUGAAUCAGUCAGCGCACAAAUUCGUAAAAACUUUGCAAAGAGCAAAUGGAGGCAAGCUUUUAAUGCUACUGCAGUAGUGAGACACAUGAGAAAAUUGCAUCUUGGAAGCAGCCAGGACAGUUCAAGUGUAUCAGGUGGCAAUAGCCCUGCCAGCCCACUUCCAGAUGGAACCAGCCGUAAAGAUUGUAAGUCACCAUCUAACCCUUAUGGUUUCCUGUCAGGAGUUUCUUCCUCUUCUUCAGCCAUUUCUGCUGUAGGCGGCGACCGGAGACCAAGGCCAAGCUCUGUCACAACUGUGCAUGCUGGGAGCAAAUGAGCAGCCAAAGAGCUUCACAGCAGAGUUGGAUAGUAGCAGACUUGCCAAGUGUGAUUUCAUUCUGAAUUGUGCACUCCAGAAUGGACUCAAAAGAUGAAAGGAAUUUUUUAUGGCCAUAUUUUAUACUGCAGCAAAAAUGGUUUCAAAUAUUAUAAACUGCAAUGGCUCCAGUUCCAUUAAGGCAAAAGGAAUUGACCAUCUCUGGUGCUGUGUGAGUCUUGCAAUGCUCUUACUAAUGGACAUUUCUUUUAUUUUAAUUUUUUUCUUAAUCUGCUUUUUUUCCCGAGUGUAGGGGUAUUGGUACUGUAUAUGUUGUAUUUUUCAUUAAUUGAGGUCUCAACUGGAUUAUUUAAUACUAAUUCGGGUGUCUUAAUUUAUACUUUUUUUCUAGUAAUACUUUUGAACACAUCUUUUUCACAAGGUGAGAACAUGUAGUAGUCAAGACUGUGAGAGAUAUAAUAUAAAGAGAAACAGGUGGCAAUAAAGUAAUGGUAAUACUGUUCUGAUAUAUUACUAAUCAAAGCUCUAGAGUUGGUAAUACUUGAAAAGUCCAGAGUGGUAAAUGCCUUUUUUUGAUUAGCUGGUAUACAACUACUUCCAAAAUAUCUCCGCUUUAUAUAAUACAUCUUCUCUUAUUCUACCUAUGGUCAGAGUCUGGAAAAAAAAAAUAUAUAUAUAUAAUGCAAAAGGGCUUGUGGGUUAUCCUCAGCCUACAUUCUGAUAACCACUUCAACUAGACCUUCACUUUCAGAUAGACAGAAUUCAUUACAUCCUACAAAUAAUUCAGUUGUAAAGCUAGAAGGAUUAGCUUUAUAAUGUAGCAGAGCUCACUGUUCAAAUCAUUUCCAUGGGAAAUGAUAGUAAAAAACAAAAUGAUAUAUAAGCAUUAGAUGGCCCUCACCUCAUGAUUUCAGUCAAAAGCAGUAUUCCAUUGUAUUAUGACCAUAUAAUUAUAUAUUUUUUAAAGAACCUUAAUGUAUAUUGUAUAUCUAAACCUAUAAAUAUGAUGGAUUGCAUUUAACUAUCUAAAUGUAUUCAAUAUUAUGCCUCCGCAAAUAUUUCAGGGUAACACGGUUUCCUAGUUGUGCCAGCAGUGUUGUUCCACUUUUCCAGGUACUUAUUUAUAUCAAGCAUUUUAUGUUAUCAGUUUGAUACAUGUAUAAGUUGGU